AUGGAUCUUUGGACUUUUGAUUUAGGCUGUCUUCAACAAAAUCAUACACGCAUUAAUGAUGUUGAACUACCGGCUUGGGCAUCUACACCAGAAGAAUUUAUACGUAAACAUCGGGGUGCACUAGAAUCUGACUACGUUUCUGCACAUUUACAUGAAUGGAUUGAUUUAAUCUUUGGUUAUAAACAACGUGGUCAAAAUGCAGUUGAAGCCUUGAAUGUCUUCAAUUUUGUAACAUAUGAAGGUGCUAUUGACUUGGAUAAAAUUGACAAUACAUUUGAACGUCAAGCUAUGGAAAGUAUGAUACAGAAUUUUGGACAAAUACCAACUCAACUACUCAAAGAACCACAUCCUCGACGUUUAACACAUUCAGAAUGGUUGUCAACUCUAAUCAAUCAACGCAGACUACCAGUAAUCAAUCUGCUAGCCAAUAAUGAAUCAAAACUGACUGACUCAACAUUACAACAAAACACUGAAUCCAUUCAACCAAGAUGUCAUCAAGAAUCCACCCCGACACCAAAGUCUUCAAGAACACCAUCAUUCUUUCAACGUAUCCUACCGGAUAACACUGGAAAUGAAUACGUCAACUCCAUACUUUCUACGCAUACCUCCGUAGAACAGAAAGAAUUAAUACCAAAGUGUAAUACUUCAUUGAAACGUCUAGUACAAAAAAAGUGGAUGCUUGUUAAAUCUCCUCCAAUUGAUAAUUUAGCUCUGUCUAUUCGUUUAUUGAAAUCUCAGCAUAGAAGCACAAUUAUGCAGUUGAAUUCAAUUUAUUUAGCUGUUGUCCCUGGAUUCUGUCGACCGGCAAGAACAGAUUCAAGCGUUUUCACCUUCUCUGAAAGUGAUAUCAACCGGGAAUCUGGUCGAAAUUCACUUAGUAUUAACAGCAGCAAUAGCAGUAAUAAUAAUAAUAACUCCAGUAAUAGUAGUAGUAGUGGUAGUUUUAUAAAGAAUCGGUUAUUCUCCACUGGAAAUUAUCUGCCAACAGUAGCAUCAAUUGCAUCAGGUGGACUGACUACUGAAUCGUCUAAUCAGACAUCGACGGCGUCAAAUUUAUCAGCUCCCUUUAAAAGUUCAAACCAGUUGAAUGCAACCAAAACUGGAUGGGAACGUUUAGCAUCUGCUGUUUUUGUAUUGAACAACAGAGGUGUUGUCAAUCGAUACUUUUGGAUACCAUCUGAUGAUCAAGUGUUAAUGUCAGAUGCAAAAGGUGAUAUUGAACCUAUGGAUCCGUAUAGUUUACUACAUGAUUCUAAUAAUCAACAACACUAUGGCUCCAUCGGACCGCUGGAUCAAUCAUGGAUACAAUUUAUUCCAAAUACAAAAUAUAAAAGACUUGAUAACAUGUUCAGUUUAAAUCCGAAUAAAACAAAAAACACCACCCUACUUUCAUCGCUAACAAAUCAUAUUGUUGGUGCACAAUUAUUCGCUUUAAGUCUUGAUGAUAGAUGGUUAUUUGCUGGUGGUCGAUGGGAUGGACGUUUAACCAUUUACAAUAUGCACACAUCACAAGUCGAAGCAAUUCUGACAAGUCCACAUUGUGAUACAAUCAGUUGUGUUGCUAUUGACUCAGUCUAUAGUUCAAUUGAUCGUUGUCCUUUCACAAAUCGUGGUGGUUAUGAAAAAAUGGAUAAAUCGUCAACAAGUAAAACGGUGACUUCAACAAGAACACGAUAUAUCAUCACAGGUAGUCGUGAUGGAACAUGUGCUGUCUGGGAUUUUGAUAUGCUCGACGGGGAGGAAGAUGAUGAGAUGAAUGAAAGUGUGACAGAUGAAGCACCAUUCUCUAACAUCAGUGUUAACGAAUCGCAGUUUUCUGCAUAUAGUCGAAGAUCAUCACAGAAGAAGACGAAUAUAUUCUUUGGUAGUCAAGAUUCUUUGUUGCCUAACACUUCCGGGACUAGUACUACAACUGCUACAACAAAACCUUUGAAUGCUGGACAAGAUUUACGACUUGACCAUCAUCAGAUGACACAACGUAAAAGUUUAUCUAGUGAAAAUCUUUUCCAAGAUGAAUUCGGUAGUGAAUUAAUGUCACCGAAUCUAUCAACAUCAAGUAAUAAAGUGUGCCUACCACAAACAGGUUGUAUUUUACAAUAUAAAAGUGCUGGUAUCGCUUUCUAUCCUCCAGGGUCGUCAACUUCAAUGCAUGGUAAACCAAAGGUAUUAGCUAAAAUUAUUCGAUUUUUCCAUGGAAAUGGUUGCGGUAAUCCAGUCACUUGUGUUGCUUUGAAUAUCUCGUUGGAUACUGCAUUGAUGGCUACAGAUCAUUGUAGAGAGGUGUAUCUAUUCAGUGCAAAAUUAUCCACAUGGUCACGUGUUCUAAUGUUAGAUGAUAUUCUAAUUGAAGUGGACAAUUUACACAUACCGAUAUACUCCUAUCCUAAAUCUGACAUAUUCACAUGUUCAAAUUCUUAUUCUGUGCAUCAUUUAUUAAUUGCACCAAGACUGGGUUUAAUUUAUGUCCAAUGGAAUUAUACACCGGAAUCUCAUAUACAUCACUUCUCGUCGACUGUUACUGACCAUGAGAUUGGACCACAUUUAAGUUUAUUCAAUCCAACGGGUGAAAAGUUAUCUGAUGUUGCUCCACUAACCUAUGCGGAUGACUAUUCCCAGCUGAGUUUAGAUGAACGUCGACGCACAGUUGUUACACGCCUAUCGCUUACUUCAACACCGAUAUCAACGAGGACUAGUUGUGUGAAUCGUAAACAAUCUGAUGUCAGUGAGAACAUUACUGACGAGUGCAUUAUCUCUCAGCAUAUUUUAAUGUCAUUCAGCACGGGACAUUUUAUUAUCAUGUUAGCAGAAACAUUAACACCUAUCCGAUGUAUUAAUUUAGAUAAAGGCAUUACUGAUAUGUCGUUAGUAUCAAAUCUUACGGGAAGUGGACGUCUCGUGGAAGGCUUUCAUAUUAUGCUAUCACUGGUUAACAGUAAUCUAGUUGUCUUUCAGUCGGUUCAAAGGAAUAAAAAGUUACGCUGAUAUCUUGAAAUUGUGAGUGCCUGUUUCAGCUUAUAUCUGUGAUAUUCUAUAGAUUUGUUAAGUGGUUGGAAAAACCCAUUUUUUACUCUCUUCUUAUGCCUUUCUCUUCUGUAAGUAUUCUUGUAAAUUGUUUAUUGUGUAAGCAUGCUCCAACAGCUUGCUUACCUCAGAGUUAAUUUCUUUUUCUUUUCUUCUAAAAAUCAGAUAAAACGCAUAAUUCUGUGUAAAUACAUAUCUAAUAUUGUCUUUCGUAUAUAUUUUACAACCCCAUUGGUACAUCCAUCCUCCCAUUUGAACAGCUUAAAUCUCAUUAUUGUAAUUCAUAACGUUACACUUCAUAAGGUUUCAUGAGCUCCAUCACACAUACACACGCACAAACACACACCCUUCAACCACCUUUUGUAACUGACCAUUCAGUUAAACUGUCACCUCAAAAGUAUUUCCGGUUCCUAAGUUAAAUUUCGAUGCAUAUUUUUUUUAAAAUAUUUUGGUUGGUUUUAUAUGAGGCUAUAAUGCGUUUCCCUAGCUAUUUUCUCAUUUUCUUCUCUUAUUACUGCGUGUGUAUAAGGCACUGGUAUUUUUCUGCUUCUUCUUCUAAUAACCUUAUUUUGUCACUGUGAUAAGCUGAAAGUGCUCUCUUUCUCUCUCAAUUUCUCUUCUGUUUUGUUACUAUGCUUUCAUAAUAUUGUGUGAUAUAUAAGUCAUAUUUUUGCGUAACAGAUCAUAGAAAUAAACACAAUGAUGAACUGGCCGAACUAAUCUUCCACAUUGUCAGUUUAUUCUAUCAGUCUUAAUAAAUUUAUUCAAAUGAACUGUCGUCAAGAUUUGACAGGAUAGUUCUAAAAUAUUUGGGCGCCGAGUGAGAAGUAGACAUUUGUAAAAAAUUAUAUUUGUAAAGUCUCAGCGAUAUUGAAAUGAGUAAUUCCAACGUUUCCUGUGUUCGGCGAACUGGUCCGAACUUCUUCAGGGAAACUAAUCAAAAUUAACAUAACAGAGG